AGGUGAGGAGAGUUUGAUUGGCAGAUGAGUGGAGUAAAUGACAAAGGCUCGAGAUGCAUCUGCAGCUCCUUGUGUCCUCUUUGUAUGUUAUAUUGACGUUGAAGACAGUUAUACCCACCUUCCCUCCAGUGUUCAGCUUGUAUUUCUGUCAUAAUCAAGGUUUAACAUAGUGUGAGGCACUGGUUGAAAUUAAGUAUUAGUUAUUAUGUCAUUGUUCAGCAUUGUCAUAUAAUGGCUCUGCUCCUCCAGAUUCAAUGUGAACUGAUAAACCUGCUCACAAGAACCUCUCAAAACAAAAGAGAUUAGCAAUAAUAAAUGUAAUUAUUUUACAGAUAUGGCUGGGAAAGAACAUUGUUCAUAUACCUAUGAAUUCAAGGAUCCGAAUCAUUCUUCAGAGUUCCUUAAUGCAUUUAAAGAAUUUUAUCAAAAUGAAUUAUUCACAGACAUUACUUUGGAAUGUUUCUCAGGACAAUUAUUUCACUGCCAUAAAGUUGCCCUGGCUGCUUGUAGUACUUAUUUCAAAGCAAUGUUCACUGCAGAUAUGCAGGAAAAAGCUACCAGGAUAAUUAGACUUCCAAACAUUGAUUACAGUAUCAUGGAUGCUUUUAUAAGAUUUGUAUAUACAUCAGAAGUGCUAAUAACAGAAAACAAUGUCCAAACUUUGUUAGAGACUGCAGAUCUUUUACAAUUUACAUCAGUUAAAAUGGCUUGUGAAAACUUCCUGACCAGACAUCUGGAUAUUGGAAACUGUAUAGGAAUGCAUUAUUUUGCUGAAAGCCACCUUUGUACUGAUUUGGAGAAAGAGUCUCGACGGAUGAUUCUAUCUAACUUUGAAGAAAUUUCAAGACAGGAUGAAUAUUUAGAAAUCAGCAAAGACAUACUCCUUUUCAUUCUGUCCAGGAAAAACCUCAAUGUGUGGAAGGUAGAUAUCCUUUUUGAAGCUAUAGUCAGGUGGAUUUCAUAUGACGUGGAAAAUAGAAUUGAAUGUUUGGCGGAGUUGUUAAAAUAUGUCCAAGUUGAUUUGGAUGAACUGUACCUCAAAGCAGCACUUGAGGUAAAUGGCCAGUCCCUUCUCGCCAGUGAUGUUAAGAUGCACUCUUUAAAAUGUCAUGUUCUGACACCAAAUGCAAGGUACACAAUGAAUUCAUGGCCUUACAAGAAGUCAACAUGGUGUAUGUAUAUAAUUGGAGGCUAUUAUUGGCAUCCACUGUCAGAGGUCCACAUGUGGAAUCCAUCAAUUGAUUUAUGGACACAGGGUUCACAGAUGCCUGAUCACACAAGGGAGAGUUAUGGUGUUUCUGCUUUGGGGCCGAACAUUUAUGUAACAGGUGGUUAUAGUUCUGGCAACCUGGAGGCCCUGGACACAGUGUGGAUUUACAAUGCAGAAAUGGAUGACUGGGCAGAAGGGAAUCCAAUGUUGAAUGCUCGUUAUUAUCACUGUUCAGUGGUAAUGCAGGGCUGUGUGUAUGUGAUGGGUGGAUACCGAUCUGGAGCCCCAUCGCAAGAUGCAGAGUUUUAUGAUCCUUUGAAAAAGAAAUGGAUUCUGAUUGCAAACAUGCUGAAAGGGGUUGGAAACGCAACAGCUUGUGUCGUCCAGGAAGUUGUCUACGUUAUAGGAGGUCACUAUGGUUACCGAGGGAGUUCAACUUAUGAUAAAAUUCAGAGCUACAGAUCAGAUCUCAAUGAGUGGACAAUAGUCACUGUUACUCCACACCCAGAGUAUGGACUGUGCUCGGUGGGUUUAUAUAACAAGAUUUAUCUCGUUGGCGGCCAGACAACUAUCGCUGAUUGUUAUGACACAGAAAAGAAAGAAUGGAAACAGAUAAUGGAAAUGAACGAAAGACGAAUGGAAUGUGGGGCAUUGGUGAUGAAUGGCUGCAUUUAUGUUACCGGUGGAUACUCGUAUUCGAGGGGAAGUUAUCUACAGAGUAUUGAAAAAUAUGAUCCCGAUAAAGAUACUUGGGAAAUAAUAGGGAAUUUACCAGGUCCGAUGCGUUCACAUGGCUGUGUAAGUGUAUAUAAUGUUCAAGUAUAAAUAGUGUUCUGUUUACCAUCCGAUAUGAUACAGGCAAGUGAAUGAUGUAUGGAUUAUGGACUAUUGGUGGUGUAAUGUCUUGCUUAACAGUAGGAAAUAAUUGUGAUUUACAAAUUUGAGCACAAAGUAUUAAUCAAUGGGAAUCAAUGGACAACAAAAGCUUUUCACUGUACCUCGGUACACAUAACAAUAAACUAAACUGAACUGAUAAAGAAACUGUGGCCAUCAUAUUGAAUGGCAGAGCAGGUUUGGGGAUAAUAUGGUCUACUCCUGCAUCCAUAUUUUUUAAG